AUGCGGUAUCAGGUCGGAAGAGCUUGCGCAGUCGCAGGCUAUAACAAGCUAUUCGACCAGCUGCAACUGCUUCUAGACGUCUCCAUUGCGGAAGAGGCUGAAGACAGCAACAACGCCUACAUCCGAGAUGCUAUCAUUAGCAAGCCAGUGAGGUACGCCGUUAUGAACGACUACGCCAGGACUAUCGAUAUAGAUAAAGCGAGAGCCGGCGCAUGUCUUAACGGUGAUACUGCGGUCAGGUCAUCUCUCGAAAAGAAGCGUCGUCAUGGCCACGAUACCGAAGAAUAUAUUACUCUCAUUACUUCGACAUCCAAGAGGACCGCCACAUACGCCCUAAGCAUUGGCGAGGCCCUGAGCAUACGGUUCUACAAAGCCAGUAUGCGGACCUGA